GCGAUAAAUUUCGAAAAAAAGAUCACAAAAAAAUAAAUUUGUCUCAUAAAGCUUUCAAAGAUAAGUUUGAAUAUUGGAAAGACCUUUCAGACGAAAGCAAUGAGAUAGGCUUGACGAUGCAUGAUGACCUUGCAUUUGAGAGUCACAAUGCGCAAAGCAGUAAAAACCCUUUCUUCGGUGAGCGUAAGGAAGACGACUUACUUACCGAUGACGUUGCGGAUGGCAUCAGCGAUUCUUAUGAAAAAAAUGCAAACGAAGAUCACGCAUUUGAGAAUAAUGAUGAGAGCAACGAAAACAAUUUAUUCAAUAAAUUUGAAGCAGCGUAUGAUGAGGAUGGUGUUGCAAACGAUGUCAGUGAUGAAAUUGAAAAGGACGAUCAUAAAAUUGUGUAUAAGAACCACGCAAAUGAUUUCAUCGAUGAAUUUGACAAUGAUUACAACAAUAUGAAAUCCCUCAAGCAACACAAAAGUACAGAUGAUGCAUUCAAAGUUGAAAAUAAUUUCGAUGAAGAUAUUGAAAUUGGAAGGAGCAAAAAGAGUUACAUGAGUGUGCCUGAAAAGGACGAUGACGUGCGGCCUUCCGAAAACUUUGAAGAUGAUGAUUAUUCACGCGAUGAUAACGAUGACAUUGCGGAUCAGAACAACAAACAAGAUUCUAUCGAUGAAUUUAGCGAUAAUUACAAACAGUUUUCACAUGAUGAUGACGCAUUCGAAGAUGAAGAUGAUUUCGAGAAUGAAGAUGAAAUUGACGAUGAGACUACAGAUGAGAGCAAUGAUAACGAUCUCCUCGAAAAAUAUGGAAACGAUGAUGACACCGGUUUCAAAUCGGGACAACAAUUUAAUCAAGAGGAAUUUGCAGUUGAUGAAUAUGAUGCAUUUCAAGAUGAAGAUGAACUUCGUAAGGAUGACAAUGUCGAUGAGACUGAGGAUGAAAACGAUGAAAACGAACUCAUUGAUGAACUUCAAAAGUAUGGCAGUGACGAUUGGACUGCAGGUGAGAGCGAAGAAAAUGAUCUUAUCGACGAAGACGACAAUGAUGACAACAAUUUGAAUUCACUUGAAAAAGAGAAUCAUACAUUCGAAGAUGAUUUCGAGAAUGAAGAUGAAAUUGACGAUGAGACUACAGAUGAGAGCAAUGAUAACGAUCUCCUCGAAAAAUAUGGAAACGAUGAUGACACCGGUUUCAAAUCGGGACAACAAUUUAAUCAAGAGGAAUUUGCAGUUGAUGAAUAUGAUGCAUUUCAAGAUGAAGAUGAACUUCGUAAGGAUGACAAUGUCGAUGAGACUGAGGAUGAAAACGAUGAAAACGAAUUCAUUGAUAAACUUCAAAAGUAUGGCAGUGACGAUUGGACUGCGGGUGAGAGCGAAGAAAACGAUCUUAUCGACGAAGACGACAAUGAUGACAACAAUUUGAAUUCACUUGAAAAAGAGAAUCAUACAUUCGAAGAUGAUUUCGAGAAUGAAGAUGAAAUUGACGAUGAGACUACAGAUGAGAGCAAUGAUAACGAUCUCCUCGAAAAAUAUGGAAACGAUGAUGACACCGGUUUCAAAUCGGGACAACAAUUUAAUCAAGAGGAAUUUGCAGUUGAUGAAUAUGAUGCAUUUCAAGAUGAAGAUGAACUUCGUAAGGAUGACAAUGUCGAUGAGACUGAGGAUGAAAACGAUGAAAACGAACUCAUUGAUGAACUUCAAAAGUAUGGCAGUGACGAUUGGACUGCAGGUGAGAGCGAAGAAAAUGAUCUUAUCCACGAAGAUGACAAUGAUGACAACAAUUUGAAUUCACUUGAAAAAGAGAAUCAUGCAUUCGAAGAUGAUUUCCAGAAUGACGAUGGAAUUGACGAUGAGACUGCGGAUGAAAGCAAUGAUAAUGAUCUCAUCGAUGAAUAUAAAAGCGAUGAUGACACCGGUUUCGAUCUAUUCAAACAAUCUGCAGAUGAUGAUGAUGCAUUUCAAGAUGAAGAUGAUGUAUUCGAAAAUGAUGACGAUGUAUUCGAAGAUGAAGAUGAUUUCAAGAAUGACAAUGAAAUGGACGAUGAGACUGCGGAUGAAAGCAAUGAUAACGAUUUUAUCGAUGAAUAUAAGAGCAAUGAUGACACCGGUUUCGAUCUAUACAAACAAUCUGCAGAUGAUGAUGAUGCAUUUCGAGAUGAAGAUGAUGUAAUUGAAGAUGAUUUCAACGAAGAUGACAACGAUGACAACAACAAUUUGAACUCACUUGAACAACUUGAAAAAGAGGAUGAUGCAUUGGAAGAUGAAGAUGAUUUCCAGAAUGAAGAUGAAAUUGACGAUGAGACUACAGAUGAGAGCAAUGAUAACGAUCUCCUCGAAAAAUAUGGAAACGAUGAUGACACCGAUUUCAAAUCGGGACAACAAUUUAAUCAAGAGGAAUUUGCAGUUGAUGAAUAUGAUGCAUUUCAAGAUGAAGAUGAACUUCGUAAGGAUGACAAUGUCGAUGAGACUGAGGAUGAAAACGAUGAAAACGAACUCAUUGAUGAACUUCAAAAGUAUGGCAGUGACGAUUGGACUGCGGGUGAGAGCGAAGAAAACGAUCUUAUCGACGAAGAUGACAAUGAUGACAACAAUUUGAAUUCACUUGAAAAAGAGAAUCAUGCAUUCGAAGAUGAUUUCGAGAAUGACGAUGGAAUUGACGAUGAGACUGCGGAUGAAAGCAAUGAUAAUGAUCUCAUCGAUGAAUAUAAAAGCGAUGAUGACACCGGUUUCGAUCUAUUCCAACAAUCUGCAGAUGAUGAUGAUGCAUUUCAAGAUGAAGAUGAUGUAUUCGAAAAUGAUGACGAUGUAUUCGAAGAUGAAGAUGAUUUCAAGAAUGACAAUGAAAUGGACGAUGAGACUGCGGAUGAAAGCAAUGAUAACGAUUUUAUCGAUGAAUAUAAGAGCAAUGAUGACACCGGUUUCGAUCUAUACAAACAAUCUGCAGAUGAUGAUGAUGCAUUUCGAGAUGAAGAUGAUGUAAUUGAAGAUGAUUUCAACGAAGAUGACAACGAUGACAACAACAAUUUGAACUCACUUGAACAACUUGAAAAAGAGGAUGAUGCAUUGGAAGAUGAAGAUGAUUUCGAGAAUGGUGACGAAAUUGACAAUGAGACUGCAGAUGAGAGCAAUGAAAACGAGUUUAACCAUAAAUUUGACAGCGAUGACACCGCUUCAAAUUUACUUGAACAAUUUCCACACGAAGAUAAUAAUGCAUUUAAGGAUGCAGCGUUUGAAGAAGAAGAUGAACUAGAAAAUAGCGACAAAAUCACGGAUAGAAGCAACGAAAAUAAUCCCAUUGAUGAACUAGAAGAAGAUGACAAUGUCGAUGGGACUGAGGAUGAGGGCAAAGAAAACGAUUUUAUCAUCAAAUAUGACAAUGGCCAAGUGCACAAAAAAUCCGCACCAAACAAACAACUCAAUCAAGAGGAUUAUGCAGUUGAUGAAUAUGAAGAUGAACUUCAAAAGGAUGACAAUGUCGAUGGGACUGAGGGUGAGAGCGAAGAAAACGAUCUUAUCGACGAAGACGACAAUGAUGACAACAAUCUGAAUUCACUUGAAAAACUUGAAAAAGAGAAUCAUGCAUUGCAAGAAGAAGAUAAUUUCCAGAAUGGCAACGAAAUUGUGGACAAAAGCGAUGAAAACGAAUUCAUUGAUGAUAUUCAAGAAGACAACAAUGUCGAUGGGAUUCAGGAUGCCCUAUUCGAAGAUGAAGAUGAUUUCGAAAAUGGUGAUGAAAUUGACGAUGAGAAUGCGGAUGAAAUCAAUGAUAACGAUUUCAUCGAUGAAUAUGACAGCGAUGAUGAGACCGGUUUCGAUUCAUUCAAACAAUCUGCAGAUGAUGAUGAUGCAUUUCGAGAUGAAAAUGAAGUAUUCGAAGAUGAAGAUGAUUUCGAGAAUGACGAUGAAAUUGACGAUGAGACUGUGGAUGAGAGCAAUGAUAACGAUUUCAAGGAUGAAUAUGACAGCGAUGACACCGGUUUAAAUUCACUCGAACAAUUUCCACAUGAAGAUAAUAAUGCAUUUAAGGAUGCAGAUGAACUCGAAAAUAGCGACGAAAUCACGGAUAGAAGCAAAGAAAAUAAUUCCAUCGAUGAACUGGAAGACGAUGGCAAUGUUGAUGGAACUGAGGAUAAGAGCAAAGAAAACGAUCUUAUCGACGAAUACGAUGACAACAAUCUGAAUUCACUCAAACAUUUCGAAAAUCGUGGUGAUGAUGGGACUGAGGAUGAGAGCAAAGAAAACGAUCUUAUCGACGAAGACGACAAUGAUGACAACAGUUUGAACUCACUUGAACAACUUGCAAAAGAGAAUAAUGUAUUCCAUAAUGAAGAUGAUUUCCAGAAUGGCAAUGAAAUUGUGGAUGAAAGCAAUAAAAAUAAAUUCAUUGAUGAUAUUCAAGAGGACAAAAAUGCCGAUGAGACUGAGGAUGUCGCAUUCGAAGAUGAAGAUGAUUUCGAAAAUGGUGACGAAUUUGACGAUGAGACUAUGGAUGAGAGCAAUGAUAACGAUUUCAUGGAUGAAUAUGACAGCGACGAUGACACCGGUUUCGAUUCAUUCAAACAAUCUGCAGAUGAUGAUGAUACAUUUGGAGAUGAAGAUGAUGUAUUCGAAGAUGAAGAUGAUUUCGAAAAUGACGAUGAAUUUGACGAUGAGACUGUGGAUGAGAGCAAUGAUAACGAUUUUAUGGAUGAAUAUGACAGCGAUGAUGACACCAGUUUUGAUUUAUUCAAACAAUCUGCAGAUGAUAAUGAUGCAUUUGGAGAUGAAGAUAACGUAUUUGAAGGUGGAGAUGAAUUCAAAAAUAGCGACAAAAUUUCGGAUCAGAGGAUCAAAAAUUAUUUCAUUGACGAAGAUUCCAAAAACUUGAUUCCAUACGAACAAUUGCAACACGAGGAUGAUGCAUUUGAAGAUGAAGAUGAUACAUUUAAAGAUGGAUAUGAAUUUGGGAAUAGCGACGAAAUAGCGGAUAAAAACGAAUUCAAUGAUGAACUUCAAAAGGAUGACAAUGACAAAUGGACUGCGGGUGAGAGCAAAGGAAACAAUCUUAUCGACGAAGACGACAAUGAUGACAAUUUGAAUUCACUUGAACAACUUGAAAAAGAGGAUAAUGCAUUCGAAGAUGAAUUCGAAAAUGGUGACGAAAUUGACGAUGAGACUGUGGAUGAGAGCAAUGAUAACGAUUUUAUGGAUGAAUAUGACAGCGACGAUGACACCAGUUUUGAUUUAUUCAAACAAUCUGCAGAUGAUGAUGAUGCAUUUCGAGAUGAAGAUGAUGUAUUUGAAGGUGGAGAUGAAUUCAAAAAUAGCGACGAAAUUUCGGAUCAGAGGAUCAAAAAUUAUUUCAUUGACGAAGAUUCUAAAAACAUGAUUCCAUACGAACAAUUGCAAAAUGAGGAUGAUGCAUUUGAAGAUGAUACAUUUGAAGAUGGAUAUGAAUUUGGGAAUAGCGAUGAAAUUGGGGAUGAAAACGAUGAAAACAAAUUCAUUGAUGAACUUCAAAAGGACGACAAUGACAAUUGGACUGCGGGUGACAGCGAAGAAGACGAUCUUAUCGACGGAGAUUACAAUGAUCAGGACAAUUUGAAUUCACUUGAUCAACUUGAAAAAGAGGAUGAUGUAUUCGAAGAUGAAGAUGAUUUCGAAAAUGGUGAUGAAAUUGACGAUGAGAAUGGGGAUGAAAUCAAUGAUAACGAUUUCAUCGAUGAAUAUGACAGCGAUGAUGAGACCGGUUUCGAUUCAUUCAAACAAUCUGCAGAUGAUGAUGAUGCAUUUCGAGAUGAAAAUGAAGUAUUCGAAAAUGAAGAUGAUUUCGAGAAUGACGAUGAAAUUGACGAUGAGACUGUGGAUGAGAGCAAUGAUAACGAUUUCAAGGAUGAAUAUGACAGCGACGAUGAGACCGGUUUCGAUUUAUCCAAACAAUCUUCAGAUGAUGAUGAUGCAUUUGGAGAUGAAGAUGACGUAUUUGAAGGUGAAGAUGAUUUCGAGAAUGACGAUGAAAUUGACGAUGAGAAUGCGGAUGAAAUCAAUGAUAACGAUUUCAUCGAUGAAUAUGACAGCGAUGAUGACACCAGUUUCGAUCUAUUUAAACAAUCUGCAAAUGAUGAUGAUGCAUUUCGAGAUGAAGAUGAUGUAUUUGAAGGUGGAGAUGAAUUCGAAAAUAGCAACGGAAUUGUGGAUCAGAGGAUCAAAAAUUAUUUCAUUGACAAAGAUUCCAAAAACUUGAUUCCAAACGAACAAUUGCAAAAUGAGGAUGAUGCAUUUGAAGAUGAAUAUGAUACAUUUGAAGAUGGAUAUGAAUUUGGGAAGAGCGAUGAAAUUGCUGAUGAAGACGAUGAAAAUGAAUUCAUUGAUGAACUUUUAAAGGACGACAAUGACAAUUGGACUGCGGGUGAGAGCAAAGAAAACAAUCUUAUGGACGAAAACGACAAUGAUGACAAUUUGAAUUCACAUGAACAACUUGAAAAAGAGGAUAAUGCAUUCGAAGAUGAAUAUGAUUUCGAAAAUGGUGACGAAAUUGGCGAUGAGACUGCAGAUGAGAGCAAUGAUAACGAUUUCGUUAAUGAAUAUGACAGCGAUGAUGACACCAGUUUUGAUCUAUUCAAACAAUCUGCAGAUGAUGAUGAUGCAUUUCGAGAUGAAGGUGACGUGUUUGAAGGUAGAGAUGAAUUCAAAAAUAGCAACGGAAUUGUGGAUCAGAGGAUCAAAAAUUAUUUCAUUGACGAAGAUUCCAAAAACUUGAUUCCAAACGAAGAAUUGCAAAAUGAGGAUGAUACAUUUGAAGAUGAAUAUGAUACAUUUGAAGAUGGAUAUGAAUUUAGGAAGAGCGACGAAAUUGCUGAUGAAAACGAAUUCAUUGAUGAACUUCUAAAGGACGACAAUGACAAUUGGACUGCGGGUGAGAGCAAAGGAAACAAUCUUGUGGACGAAGACGACAAUGAUGACAAUUUGAAUUCACAUGAACUACUUGAAAAAGAGGAUAAUGCAUUCGAAGAUGAAUAUGAUUUCGAAAAUGGUGGCGAAAUUGGCGAUGAGACUGCAGAUGAGAGCAAUGAUAGCGAUUUCAUUAAUGAAUAUGACAGCGAUGAUGACACCAGUUUUGAUCUAUCCAAACAAUCUGCAGAUAAUGAUGAUGCAUUUCGAGAUGAAGGUGACGUGUUUGAAGGUGGAGAUGAAUUCGAAAAUAGCAACGGAAUUGUGGAUCAGAGGAUCAAAAAUUAUUUCAUUGACAAAGAUUCCAAAAACUUGAUUCCAUACGAACAAUUGCAAAAUAAGGAUGAUGAAAUUGACGAAAUUGCUGAUGAAAACGAUGAAAACGAAUUCAUUGAUGAACUUCAAAAGGAUGACAAUGACAAUUGGACUGCGGAUGUGAGCAAAGAAAACAAUCUCAUGCACGAAGACGACAAUGAUGACAAUUUGAAUUCACAUGAACUACUUGAAAAAGAGAAUCAGGCAUUCGAAGAUGAAGAUAAUUUCCAGAAUGACAAUGAAAUUGUGGAUGAAAGCAAUGAAAAUAAAUUCAUUCAAGAGGACAACAUUGUCGAUGAAACUGAGGAUGUCGCAUUCGAAGAUGAAGUUGAUUUCGAAAACGGUGACGAAAUUGACGAUGAGACUGUGGAUGAGAGCAAUGAUAACGAUUUUAUGGAUGAAUAUGACAGCGACGAUGACACCGGUUUCGAUUCAUUUAAACAAUCUACAGAUGAUGAUGAUGCAUUUGGAGAUGAAGAUGAUGUAUUCGAAGAUGAAGAUGAAUUCGAAAAUAACGACGAAAUUGCGGAUCGGAGGAGCAAAAAGUAUUCCAUUGACGGAGAUGCCAAGAACUUGACUCCAUACGAACAAUUGCAAAAUGAGGAUGAUGCAUUUGAAGAUAAAUAUGAUACAUUUGAAGAUGGAUAUGAAUUUGGGAAUAGCGAUGAAAUUGCGAAUGGAAGCGAUGAAAACAAAGUCAUUGAUGAGUUUCAAGAGGAUAACAAUGUCGAGAAGACUGAGGAUUGGAUCGAAGAAAACGAUAUUGAUAUUCACAAACAUGACGAUGCAACUGCGAAUAAGAGAAAUCUAUUGGAGAAAUUUAAUUAUGACGAAGGAAUUAACUUUUCUAAACGACCAAGACGAUCUGUGGAUGUUGAUGCAAUUAUUGAGAAAAAAGAUAAAGUUGUGACAACAGGAAAAACGACAGCAAGAGUUUUGAUAAAAAACAAAGGAUCCCUAUUUUGCUUGGUGUUGACUGUCAUAGCAAUCAUUGUAUUUUGUAUCACAUACAAGAAAGCAAAACAGUAUCUAAAUCCAAAUAACACGGCUGAACCUGUCUUAACUGAGAUUGUGGUAUCGGGACCAAGUCGACAGCAGAAAGAAGAAAACUUGAAGAAGGACAUGACCAUAGUGGAUAUACCCUGA